AUGGAAGAACAGCAGCAAAUUCAACCGAAAAUUAAUCUAUCAAUCACCACAAACUUCAUUCUACUUGGAUUUGGUGAUCUCCAAGAACUACAAGCCCUCCUUUUUUCGGUUUUCCUUGGAAUCUAUAUACUUGCUGUGGCUGGAAAUCUCAUUAUCUUUGCUCUGAUUGUCACUGAUGUGCACCUGCAUACCCCCAUGUAUUUCUUUCUAGGGAACCUAUCUUGCUUGGAGAUCUGCUAUAUAUCAACCAUCCUUUCCAGAUUGCUCUUCAGUCUGCUGACUGGGGAUAAAACCAUCUCUCUUCAUGGCUGCAUUAUGCAAUACUUCUUCUUUGGUACUUUGGCAUCUGCAGAAUGUUAUCUUUUGGCUGUGAUGUCAUAUGAUCGUUAUUUAGCCAUAUGCAAACCACUGAGAUACACAUCUCUCAUGAAUGGCAGGAUCUGCCUUGGACUGAUUACCAUAUCUUGGAUGAGUGGUCUGCUAAGUAACACCAUCAUCACAUCCCUGUUGUUGAAGCUGUCAUUUUGUGGUCCCAAUGAAAUUGAACACUUCUUUUGUGACCUAGCCCCCAUGUUAAAACUUUCAUGCACAAAUACCAACCUGGUGGAACUUACAGUGUUCAUUCUGGCCACCAUGGACACCAUACCUCCAUUUCUCCUUACCCUGAUCUCAUACAUAUGUAUUAUCAUCAACAUCCUCCAAAUGAAGACCACAACCUUCAAACAGAAGGCCUUCUCCACUUGUUCCUCCCAUCUCCUUGUAGUGACACUUUUCUAUGGGUCUCUAAUUUGUGUCUAUUUAAUUCCUGAAACUAACACACUGAUGGGGCUUCAUAAAACCUUCUCCCUAUUUUAUACCAUCUUUACACCCAUGCUCAACCCCAUUAUAUAUAGUCUGAGAAAUAAGGAUGUAAAGGUAGCCUUGUAUAGAACUAUUAGCAAAGUUGUCAGUGUGGUCCCAUUUCCUUAG